GCGUUUGGAUGUUGGAUGUUUUCCUUUCGUUUUGUGAAGUCCGCUCGGCUCAAAGCUCCGACCCGACGGGACGAGACGGGACGGCCCCGGGCAGGUAAGGGGGGUCCUACGGGGCUGGGGGAGGGUGGGAGCUCAGCAAUGAGGCGGGGGGAACCGGAUGGCUUCCACGUCCGGGAAUUGUUGCGGGGGAAAAGGAAGGGUGGAAAGCGACGCGAGGGAGAGGGAGGUCGGCCGGUUCUUUGCGGGGAGGAAUCGGCCGUGGGAGCGCCGCUCCGGGGGCCUUUGUCUUCGGGGAGAGUGCCCCCGGACGGCGACGUCCCUCGGGAACCCCCCGCCCACUCUCCGGCUGCAGGUGCGGGGCGGAGGGCGGCCCCGGGAGACGCAGCUCCGGACGGGCGUUGUGCCGCGGGGGUUCCUCCACCGCGCGGUGUGAACGGGGCGGUGCGGGGUCGGCGAUGGGGCAGCGCGCAGACGUCGGUCCGGCCCUGACGGUGCGGAGCGGUGCUGGGGCCGCUCUCGGCCCCGCGUUACGGCGGGGUGAUGGGUCACCGCCCCUCCGAAAUGUCCCUUACGGCACCGCCGUGUCCCCCUGCCGGCAAACAAGCCGCCGUGCCCCGCCGUCCCCUCCGCUCCUUUGGGUGGCAGAGCGGGAUGCUGAGACCCCCUCCCCCCCACCUGCAGUACCGCGGGGCUCUCAUGGCCCUGGAGGUGGCUGUGCUGUGACGCCGAGCAUCGGGCUGCUCUGCCAGCCUGGCCCCGCCGUGCUGCAGGACGAGCUGCUCCAGCUCACCCUGCCAGACAUCGGCUUAUCUCACCCCCAGAGAGAUGCAUCUUUAUGGCUCUGCAUCUUUAUUUCCACGUACGUUCACUGCAGCUGUGUUGAUGGGAGCUGAAGCACAAACAGGUUAUCCCGUGGGUGAGGUGUGCGUACAGAGCUCCUGAGAGCUGCAGGUGUUUGGGGUGUUGGAAAGGGAAUCUGGUCCUUUUGGCAGUGGCCAGCUGUUGUGUUUCCUCGGGGCCGUGGAGCUGUUUAAUGCUCCGAGAAAACGGGGCAGAGGUGCCUGGAAGUGGGGCUGCUGCCGUGGGGGGGCGGCUCCAGGAUCCCAACGGCUGCAGCAGGCACGGAUCAGCCGCACUGAAUGUUAAUGCUGUGAUCUCUGCAGGGAGAGGUCCAGGAGCCCCACGCGCUCCCACAACAGGAUGGGGACAGGGGCUGAUCCCAGGGAACUGAAGGGGAUUAAAAUUCCUGUGGAUUUCAGGGAGCUGUGAUCCCUUCCCCAAGGCUGGGGCCUCUUGUGGGGUCACUGGGGCGGGUGGUGCCAGUGUGUGCUGGGAUGGCAAAACCGAAAAGCUCCAAACAGGCAGGGAGGCACGGCGGGGACAUCAGCCGUCCUUUGGAGCAGGGCUGAACGGUGGCAGUUUGGGGAAAGCCCGGGGUUGAGGGGCUCCAAAAGCCCGAGGGCACUCCAUGUGGUGGCACUUGGUUCCUUCUGGGGGACCGCAGCUGUGUGCCCAGCUCUGUGCUGAGAGCAUCCCGCAUCCCUCCGCAGGAAAGGGUGAUGUGGGACCGCCUGGAGGCAGCGGGGAGGGCAGAGGGGAUGGGAGCAGAGGAGACGGACCUGUUGGGGCUGCCCGGCUUCUUAGCAUGGGAGGCGCGUACCGCUGUCACAGUCUGCGGCUAAUUACAGGGACCUGUCUGCAGCCCAGACGGCUGCCAGCCAUCGUAAUCACAUCAAACCCGGCUGGGCUGGGCUCUCCCGCACGGCCCCAUUGAUUCACAGCCCUGUCCCCAGCCUUACCCCGGCGGGCUCCUGCUGGCAGCCCUGGGAUGAGAUGCCCUGCGUGGGUAGGGCCCUCUCUGCUGCAUCCGUGGGGCACUGAGGGGGUCCGAUGACAGCAGAUUGGCCGUGCACUUUGGGAUCUUAGCAAACAGAGCAAAGCUUGGGACCGCCAUCCGUAUCCCAUGGGAGGGAUGUGUUACCCACAGGGACUGAAGACAGCAGCAGGGCCGGCACCUCUCACCCACGGGUGUUUGAAUUCAGCCCCCCUGGGAUGCGGCAGUGCUCCGUCAGAGCUGUGGAGCUGAGGCUGAUCACUGAUCCAACACCACUGGUGGUCCUUCGCCAAGCUGGCACCUCUGUGGGCUGCGAAUGCACGGAACUGGGUCAGAUGUGCUCCUCCAACCAGCAAUCUGUAGUCACUCACAGCACGCAGCCGGCCUGCCCUAACGUCAGCAAGGACAGGCAGACCCCAGGGAGCAAGCCGCCCUUCUGCUUUAUCCUAUUGACUGCCAAUCUGCCACGUUAAUCAUUGAUGUAGGUGCACGGCUGGGAAUCCUGAGCUCAGAGCCAUGCACGCACAUCUUGGUGCCCUGAGCUGCUACACUGCUGGGGCAGAGCUGCGGGAGGACCUGGAGCCUCCGAGGGCUGAGGUUACCGACCCUCAUGCCCACAGCUCUCUGCCCUUUCCCGGGGAGGCCUUUUGCGGGAGGUGUCAGACCUGGGGCAGCUCUUGGGGGGUGCCAGCACAGUGCGGAGGGUCCCGCAGGGAUUGCUCCGGGCUGCUGUGCGGGGAGCCCCAGGAGCCACCGCAUCGCUUUGUUUUGGAAAGCCGAGGCAGGAAGGAAGCGAGCGGUGACAAACGCUGCGUGGGGAGGGGACAGGACGGGUUCGCACCGCGCAGCCCUGAGCCAGGCACGCCGGGCGAGCAGGAACAGCCGCUCGGGGCAGAACAAUAGCAGCCCGGGGGGAAUAAAUUAUUUUCCACCAAAUUGGGCGAGACCUCGGUCUCCUCCCAUUGCUCCGCUCCGGGCCAGGCCACCAACCCCGGGCUCAGCCGUGCCGGGAAAGGGCUGGCGGCAGCAGGGGGACAUCUCCCGCUGUGGGUGAGCAAACAUCAAAGUGCGGCUCCCUCGGAGCUGUUCCAGGCUCAUGUCCUGGCCGAGUCCCGCAUGGCCGCAGCGAGACGAGCCCCCCCCGUGCGGCACGGCUACCGCGCUCCCCCCGGCCUCGUCCGACAGCGACUCCGGCUGUGCCCUGGAAGAGUACCCCGAGUCCACCGCAGAGCCCGCGCCCCCCGAGGUCCCCGCCUGCUUCGAGAGCCGCCCCCCGGGUUCGCCCCGUCCUGCCGACCGCAGCCUGCUCCGUGUUAGAGCCCUCCUGCAGCAGCUGCCGCCUCAGGACUGCGAUGAGCGGUACUGCCCCGACCUCGAGGAGGAGGAGAGGAAGCAGCUCCGGGCGUUCAGCGCCCGCCGCCGACGGGACGCGCUGGGCCAGGGGGUGGCGGUGCCGGUGCCAGGCGCCCGACACGGCUGUCCGUGCAGGAAGUGCGGCGGGAGGCUGAGCAAAGGGGACCUCGGGAUUGCGGCGUCGCGGCUGGGAGGGCAGCUCUGGCACCCGCCCUGCUUCUGCUGCCACGUCUGCCACCAGCCCCUGGUGGACCUCAUCUACUUCCAGCAGGAUGAGAGGAUCUACUGCGGCCGGCACCACGCCGAGCUCUUCCGACCGCGCUGUGCCUCCUGUGAUCAGCUGAUCUUCUUGGAAGAGUGCAUCGAGGCAGAGGGCCGGCGCUGGCACCCGGAGCACUUCUGCUGCCUGGAGUGCGACGCGCCGCUGUGUGGGCAGCGCUACGUGAUGCGGAGCGGCCGGCCCUGCUGCCGCAGCUGCUUCGACAGCCUCUUUGCCGAGCCGUGCCAGGCCUGCGGGGAGCCCAUCGGUGUCGACAGCGAAGAGGCCACACACCAGGGUCUGCACUGGCACACCCGCGCCGCCUGCUUCUGCUGCAGUCUGUGCCGAAAGCCGCUGCGUGGGCAGCCCCUCACCGCCCGCUGCGGGCGGCUCUUCUGCUCCGAGAGCUGCAGUCUGGGCUGGGAUGUGUCCUCUGCUGCCUCCACCACCUCCGAUUCCUCUGACUCCGCCUUCGUCUCGGCACCAUCCCCUGACUCGACGCCCGUCUCCAGAGCCAGCCAUGCCACCAGGGCUGGGAGCACCGCGGCAGCUGGGGGCUGCAGACAGCGGGUGGAAGGGGCUGAGAUGCUACCGGAUCAGGCCUCCACCCAUCCAGCAUUCAGGAGCCCUGAGGACCAUGGAGCAGCUGUAGAGAGGAGCAAAGAUGCUGUGUGUGCAGGGGUGCCGGGAUCAUCAAGCAGCCACCCCUCCAAUCUCCAGCCCAACACAGAGGGUCCCUGCAGGCUUCUGGGAGGUCCUGAACCCCGAACGCUGGUAGGGGAUGGAAACCCACACUUCCAAGUGGGUCUGUCCCCUGCCCGACCCAGCCCAGAUCUGGAGGACGCUGACCCACAGGAUAUCAUGGAAGAGGAUGACUCUUGGUGUCCCACCUGCUCUUCAUCCUCAGACUCGGACUCAGAUGAGGAGGGUUUCUUCUUUGGGAAACCCAUCCCCAAGCCCGGGAUGAACUUUGUGGGCAGGGAGCCCCAGCGCCUGGAGCGGGCGGGGUGCAGGAUGGCGAAGCUGCGGGGCAGCAGCAAGCACUGCAGCGUGUCUUAGCACAGGGACACUCAGCAAGCAGGGGUCCCCAGGUGUUGCAGAGGCAGCGGGGCGAGGGGGCACUUUGCAUGGUAUGUGAGCAGAGGGGCAGCAGCUGAGUGCCAAAUGCACCGGGGAGGGGAGAGCACCUUGUAUGGCACUGCCAUCCUGCCAGCACUUGCAGUGGUCUCAAGGCAUUCCAAACACCUUUUAGACACAGCCCAAGGCUGAGGUGGUGGGGGGGGAGGGAGAAGCUGCUGGGAUCUUUCACCAGCAGCUGCUGGCAAAGCACAGCCUGCAAUUCCUGCUGGCCUCUCCCUCAAUUAGGAACAGGUAAAGCAAGCAGGGAGCAAAGAACCAGCAGCCUGCACUGAAUUAUGGGCUCUGACUGCUGUCUCAGACAAAGCCAAAGCCCCAGAGAGCAGCUGUGCUCUGGGGAGGGCAGCCAAGGACUUAGGACAAGGGCAGACACCUGCAUGGCACCUGCUGCAGGGACUCCUGCCCGGACUGGACAGGAGGGAUCUGGCCACCAGAGUCAGAUCCAGACAUGAGGUGAGAAUCUCUCACCUGUAGGGACAUCUUGAAGGACGAGAGCUGAUGCUGCUCCACAUAGGGCUGUGUCCCCUGCCACUGCAGGGAGGAGACCAGUGGGGCAGCUCUGCCAUCGUGAUGGAUGAUGCUCCAAUAAAGCUUGGCUAAGACCUGACUAUGGAA